GCGCAGGUCGUGGAGCUCCGGCGCGUUCAGUAGAGGGCAAGGACAACAUGAUGCAGAGCAUCCGGGAAUUCUUCACAGCAGGAUCGCCGCGUCUAUGUCGGCAACCUGUCUUACGAUGUCAAGUGGCACCACCUGAAGGACUUUAUGCGACAAGCCGGUGAAGUCCUCUUCGCAGAUGUACUCUUGCUGCCGAACGGAAUGUCAAAGGUAAUCAUUGAUGGCUGGUCUUGAUCGUGAAAAAGAUUGGAGGUUGACGGCUUUUGCUUGGGUGUAGGGCUGUGGUAUCGUGGAGUACGCCACUCGGGAGCAGGCGCAGAAUGCCGUUGCGACGCUCAGCAACCAGAACCUCAUGGGCCGACUCGUAUACGUUCGCGAAGACCGAGAGGCCGAGCCUCGUUUCAGCAACCCGACCACCUCGCGCGGAGGCUUCGAAGGCGGCCCCCCCGGUCGCGGUGGUUUCCAAGGACCCGGCAGCUUCGGUGGACCUCCCGGAGGAGCGCCCGGCGGCGGCGGCGGCGGAGGCAGGCAGGUCUACAUUGCCAACCUUCCAUACAACGUUGGCUGGCAAGAUCUCAAGGAUCUCUUCCGUCAGGCUGCGCAUACCGGAUCUGUUCUUCGUGCCGAUGUCCACGUCGCCCCCGACGGCCGUCCCAAGGGCUCGGGCAUAGUAGCUUUCGAGACCGUCGAUGAUGCGCGAAAUGCCAUCAACCAGUUCAACGGCUAUGAGUGGCAAGGUCGCAACCUCGAAGUCCGUGAAGAUCGCUUCGCCGGCGCGCCAGGUGGCUUUGGCGGCCGUGGCGGAUUCGGCGGUGGCCGUGGUGGCUUCGGCGGUGGCUUUGGUGGUCGAGGAGGAGGUUUCGGUGGUGGUCGCGGUGGUUUUGGAGGAGGCUUCGGUGCACGUGGCGGCUAUGGAGGAGGUGGAGGUUUUGGAGGCCCCCCCGGUGCCGGCCCAGGAUUUGAGCCUGCCGUUGGCUCAAACCCCCCCAACCCCUUCACAGACUUUGCUGCCGGUGGCGGAGAGCCAAGCAGCACCAUCUACGUCCGCAACCUGCCCUGGUCGACCAGCAACGAGGAUCUCGUCGAGCUCUUCACAACCAUUGGCAAAGUUGAGCGCGCCGAGAUCCAGUACGAGCCCAACGGCCGCUCGCGUGGAACCGGUGUCGUCGAGUUCGAGAAGCAGGAAGAUGCUGAGACUGCCAUUGCCAAGUUCACUGGUUACCAGUACGGUGGCAGGCCUCUGGGUCUACAGUUCGUCAAGUACACCAACCAGAGCAAUGGUGAUGCUAUGGAAGGUACCGAGCACACUGGCGGCUUGACCCAGGACCAGAUCAUGUAAUCUGGUCACUGCAGCUGAUGCAACAUUCGGAGGCAACCCUUUCUGCAACAUAGACGAGGAAAACUCGUGACGUCUACGCUUCUCAGCCUGACCACGUCAGUAUUUACUUUGAAGCAUGUACGUUUCUCUUUCGAGGGAUUGACAUUUGAAGGAAGCGAAGCAUUCGGCGCUCUGCGAGGUCAGGUUGGAUGUUAUUAGGUGGUGGACAAAAUUUCCUCGUGUACUCUAUAAAAGGCCAAGUUCAGGUGUAUAUCCAAUGCAUUUGAUUCUAUGA